AUGUCUGUAUCCACAGAGAAGUUCCAGGUGAUUGGCCCUGUGGAUCCCAUUGUGGCCGUGCUGGGUGGGGCCAUCACACUGCCCUGCUCCCUGUCCCCUGCCAUGAAUGCGGAGAACAUGGAGCUGCGGUGGUUCCGGUCCAUCUUCUCAGAAGUGGUGUUCAUCUAUCAGAACCAGCAGGAGCAGAAGGAGAAGCAGAUGCCACAGUACAAAGGGCGGACCUCGCUGGUGAGAGACUUCCUCACUCAGGGGGUGGCUGCUGUACUCAUCGACAGGAUUCAGGCUUCUGACGAUGGGCUGUACAUCUGCUUCUUCAAGAAUGGAGAUUUCUAUGGAGAGGCCCCUUUGGAGGUGAAGGUGGCAGGUGUGGGAUCUGACCCUCAAGUGCACAUUGAAGGACCACAGGAAGAUGGAAUCCAUGUGGUGUGCACAGCCUCUGGGUGGUUUCCGAAGCCUCAGGUUCAGUGGAGAGACCCGAGUAGAGAAAAGUUCCUGGCUUUCUCUGAGGUCCAUGCUCAAGAUGCUGAGGGACUGUUUAGUGUGGAGGCCUCGCUGGUGGUGAGAGACAGCUCUGUAAGGAACGUGACCUGCUCCAUCUUUAACCCCAUCCUGGUUCAGGAGAAGGUGAAGGCGAUUUUCAUCCCAGAGCCCUUUUUCCCUCAGGCUUCUUUUCCUUGGAUGCAAGUUUUUGUGGUGAGCCUGACCAUGCUGAUGCUUCUCAGCUUAGGGGCUGGCUAUUUUCUCCAGAAAGAACAUUCAGCAAAGGUGCAGGAGUGGAAGGUUUGGAAGACUCUUCAGCAGGCUAAGGAGGAAGAGGAGAAGGAAUGGAAGUUGGCUAUGAAGGAGGCAGAUGAAUUCCAGAGAGACCUGGUCUCACUAGGGGUGUGUUCCCUUUCAGCCUGGAGAAAGGCCCAGCUGUAUGCAGACUGGCGGAAGGAGCACUUCCAGAUUUGGUCUGUCACUCUGGAUCCAGAUUCUGCCCAUCCCUACCUUGCCCUCUCUCAGGAAAACAUGAGGGUGACCAUGAAGGACAACUGUGAGGACCUGAGUGAUGACAGAUGCAGUGUGUUGGGUGCCAAGGGCAUCAUGUCAGGGAGAUGUUACUGGGAAAUAGAAAUCAGCAAUAGAUACUUAAGCAAGUGGGCUGUGGGUGUUUGUAGGGAAGAUGUGGAUAGGAAUAGGAAGUUCAUAGAGCGCCCAAGAAAGGGGUUUUGGGCUGUGGGAUAUACUUUAGGCUCAGGAUCUGUGAAGCCCCCUCAAAUUUCAUAA